CCCAUUUUUCCCUCCCCAUUUAAAUGCUCUCAGGGCAGGACUCACCGAUCCCCUUGGCCUUCAACAUGAUGCCUGAACCUAUACUUACCACGCAGAUGUCUAAAGUGGACAGCAAAAAGGAGACUAUCAGAACGUUCUUCCCUGAGACCUGGAUCUGGGACCUCGUUACUGUGGGAGAUAGUGGGUUGGUGAGCAUGGAGAAGACGACCCCUGACACCAUCACUAAAUGGGCAGCCGGAGCAUUCUGCGUAUCCUCUGUGGGCUUUGGUGUGGCUCCCAACACCGGACUUACUGUGUUCCAGCCGUUCUUUGUCAGUCUCACCUUGCCAUACUCUGUCAUCCGAGGAGAGGUGUUCACCCUCAAAGCCACUGUCUUCAAUUAUCUCUCAAAGUGCAUUAUGGUAAAAAAAACAACCACAUCUGCUUCUUACAGAUCCUUUGUACUUAAGGGCAUCCACAAGUGUUUGCUCACAGGUAAGGUCAAUCUGAAGGUCAGCGCUGAGGCCCUGAAGACCGAGGCGCUGUGUGGCAACGAGGUGGCCACAGUCCCCGACGUGGGUCGAACUGACACCGUGAUCCGCACCCUGCUGGUGGAGGCCGAAGGAACCCCACAGAUGGUCAGUCACAACGUUCACCUCUGUCCCCCAGAUGGGGUCACGGAGAAGAAUGUCUCUCUUCUUAUGCCCGAGCUGUUUGUGGCUGGUUCUGCUAGAGCGACCUUUUCUGUGCUUGGUGACCUGAUGGGCAGGGCAGCGCAGAACUUGGACAAGCUCCUGGCCAUGCCGUACGGUUGCGGGGAGCAGAACAUGCUCCUGUUUGCUCCCAACAUCUUCAUCCUGAACUACCUGAAAAGCACUGGUCAGCUGACUCAGAGCAUUCUGGACAAGGCCACGCACUUCCUGGAGAGCGGAUAUCAGAGGGAGCUCACGUACAAGCAUGACGAUGGUUCCUACAGUGCAUUUGGGAAGGCAGACUCCUCUGGAAACACCUGGCUGACCUCCUUCGUGAUGAAGUCCUUUGGUGGUGCACGGCCGUACAUCUACGUGCAGCCCGAGCACAUUACAGAAGCCUGGAGGUGGCUGUCUAAACACCAGCGGCCUGAUGGCUGCAUCAGAUCAGUUGGAAAGCUCUUUCACAAUGGCAUGAAGGGAGGAGUGAGUGACGACGUGUCCCUGACUGCCUACAUCACUGCUGCCAUGCUGGAGCUUGACGCCAAUGUUACAGAUCCCGUGGUACACAACAGCCUGACCUGUCUGAAGGCUGCAGCGGCUGGCCAGCUCGAUAACCUGUACACCACUGCCCUGCUGUCCUACACCUUCACUCUGGCUGGAGACGAGGAGAUGAGGAGCAAACUCAUCACCCUUCUUCAUGAGAAAUCGAACACACACGGAGGCACCCGUCACUGGAAGAGAGCAGGGGCUUCUGGGAAGGGCCUGGACUCUCUGGAGGUGGAGAUGACCUCCUACGUGCUGCUGGCUCUGCUGUCCGGUCCCUCCAUGCCAGGCUUUGACUUGGAGUACUCUUCUGCCAUUGUGCGCUGGCUCACUCAGCAGCAGAACCCCUUUGGCGGUUUCUCUUCCACACAGGACACAGUAGUGGCCCUUCAAGCCUUGGCGAAGUAUGGUGCUGCCACCUACAGUUCAGAGGUGGGCACUACAGUGACACUGACCUCUUUAGGAGGCUUGAACAAAGAGUUCACCGUGAAUCAGGACAACAGGCUGCUGUACCAGGAGAAGAAGCUGAGCGAGGUCCCAGGAGAGUACACGAUCAGAGCCGAGGGACAGAACUGCGUACUGACACAGAUCUCCAUGUUUUACAACAUCCCCCCUCCUGCAGACUUCUCUGCCUUCAACGUCUCUGCUAACACCAUGGCCAAGUGUAACAUCAGCAGGCCGCAGCUCAUCCUUUUCGUGCAUGUCAGGUACCAGGGGAGGAGAGAGGAGACCAACAUGGUCAUCGUCAACAUCAAGCUCCUGUCUGGAUACGUCCUGGAUAAGAGCUCCCUCACACUGCUGCAGAAGGACCGCUCAGUGAAGCGCGUGGACGUGGAAGAAGGAUUCAUCAACAUCUACUUAGACGGGCUGAGGAAGGAUGACAUGCAGAUCUACAGUGUGACACUCGAAGAGGAUCAGCCUGUCAGGAACCUGAAACCAGCUGUGGUUAAAGUCUACGAUUACUACCAGACGAGUGAUGAGGCGGUCACCGACUACACGUCCUCCUGUGCAGAGAGUGACACCAUCAAUGAGCUGUAGAAGUGGUUUCCUGCAAACCUAUGCUGGGACAGUUGGAAGGUUCACUGUCAAACUGUUGUUUUUUUCCCCUUGCUUCCAUUAAAAUACACAAAAAGCAACUUUUUAGCCGUGUAUUAAGAGUGACUCUAUUUCAUGUAUUUUUAGUUUUUUCUCAGUGUUAGAGCUGUCAUUAUGAUGGCUGUGUAACAAGCCCGUAAUCAGUCAGCGUUAGCGUCCGUACAGCAGUUACUGGUCUGUCUCUCUCAACACUGGAACCUGCUGAAGUGGAGGAAGCAGCCAAUCUGUGAUAGUCGUUUAAUAGAGCUGACACAAUCCAUACAUGAAAAUGACACGAGACAUACAGGGUACCAAUAACAGCAUGGUCCGAGUACUAAGAGUGUGUGUGUGACAGGAACCACUUUAUGAAGAACACUAGAGUCUAGUGAGUGUGAGGUGGAUUACUCGCUGAUACAUCUCUACCAUACCAUCUGAAAUGUAACUGACAAUAAAACUUCUAAAAUGA